CGCGCUCCUAGGUGCGUCACUAGCGUGCGACUCCAGGAUAAAAAACUGGUCUGGGCUGCAAAAAUAUGGCAACUGCUGAAGUGGCUGUGGUGUCGCCUUCGUCUUUGAAUACAGACACAACCCCAGUCCCUGAAAGUGCAGGAACCGCUGCAGCAACGGCCGCCACCUCCUCGGCGACAACUGCAGCCGCGGCGGUUGCGGCCGUGGCCAGGACCGGAUCCGAAGCCACGGUUUCCAAACCCACGAUGGCUACUAAGCUGCUGUCCUUGAGCGGCGUGUUCGCCGUGCACAAGCCCAAAGGGCCCACUUCAGCCGAGCUGCUGAAUCGGCUGAAGGAGAAGCUGCUGGCAGAAGCUGGAAUGCCUUCUCCAGAAUGGACCAAGAGGAAAAAGCAGCCUUUAAAAAUUGGGCAUGGAGGGACUCUAGACAGUGCAGCCGGAGGAGUCCUGGUGGUUGGAAUUGGAAGGGGAACAAAAAUGUUGACCAGUUUAUUAACAGGGUCCAAGAGGUACAUUGCCAUUGGCGAACUGGGGAAAGCUACUGACACGCUGGAUUCUACAGGGAAAGUAACAGAAGAAAAACCUUAUGAUAAAAUAACCCAAGAAGAUAUCGAAGGCAUUCUACAGAAAUUUACUGGGAAUAUAAUGCAAGUACCUCCCCUCUAUUGUGCAUUAAAGAAAGAUGGACAGAGACUUUCAUCUCUGAUGAAGAGAGGUAAAGUAGUAGAAGCCAAACCUGCCAGGCCAGUUACGGUAUACAGUAUCUCCCUUCAGAAUUUCCAGCCACCACUUUUCACAUUAGAUGUUGAAUGUGGAGGAGGUUUUUAUAUCAGAAGCUUGGUCAGUGACAUUGGCAAAGUUGCCGGAGAACUCUCUUCCUGUGCCAGUGUGCUAGAGCUGACCCGGACCAAACAGGGACCGUUUACACUAGAAGAGCAUGCCCUUCCCGAGGACAAAUGGACGAUUGAUGACAUCGCACAAUCUCUUGAUCAGUGCGCCUCUCUUCUCCCAGAAGAGCUGGCACUUAAAAAAUCAAAACCCGAGGAGUCUAAUGAACAAGUUUUGAGCUGUGAGUAUAUAACUCUAAAUGAGACAGAGGAAAACGAUGAUGUAAUUAAGACAUUUUAAGACUGGCUUGGGAUUGUCAUCAUUUCCUGGUUGACAUUUGAAUCCUGUGUGCAGAAUGAUAAGCUAUGUGCAAAAGCCAAACUUCCUUUUUUUUUUUUUUUUUUUUUUGCAUGAAGAAAAUGUCCAUGAUUUGUAGUUUUUAUGGCAUACAAUUUAUCUUCUGUACAUUGUAAGUAGCCUUACAGUCGUUCAUUUCUUGUUGUACGAUGGACAGUUUUUUUAUGGUGUUAUUAUGUUGGUAGAUUGGAUUUAGGAAAAUCAACUUUCUGAUUUUGAUAUCUAUUCAAAACUUUUUUUUUUUUCCACAGUAAGACUGUGAAUAUCAUAUUUUUUUUUUUAUAAUUUUUUUUAUUUUCCCACUGUACAGCAAAGGGGUCAGGUUAUCCUUACAUGUAUACAUUACAAUUACAUUUUUUCCCCCAUAUUCAAAACUUUCAUAUGAAAAAGGUGACCACAUUUUUUAAUCAGAGGAGAAAAAUGAGCUACAUGUUUCUUGGGUGUCACAAAAGUGAAUGUAAAUUAGAGUUUCUUUGGCUUGCAGGUGGCUCUGGUUAUUGAAAUUUCUUCACUUAUGUUUGAAAAAGCUAUUAUUUAAACUCGUGUUUUGGAGAGCUUAUGAUUCUUAAGAACAGUUUUUAAUAAGGCUGUACUUAUCUUGAUAAUAGCUGUGUUUAUUUAGAUCUUGGAAACUAAUAAACUUUUUAAAUAAAUAUUUGUAAAUGAACAAAAUUAUUGCUGCUACCGCUGACAGGAUGUAAACAGAAGACUAAAGUUUAAUUAAAUUCACCUGUAUCAUUAGCACAGGCUAGGUCCUAUGGCUUCAUGUGUUGGCAGCUCUGAGAUAUUUUUCUGGUACUUUAAUCAAUACAAUCAACCACCCUUGUACCAAUUUACUAAAUCUCAUUUUAAACAAUUAAGCUAAAGAGUGUAUCUUCAAUCAAAAUUUUCUUUUCUCUGUUCUUUAGUAUUUAUUUAUACCUCUUUAUAGGGUAUUAAUCCCUAUGACAUUGUUUUUUCAAUUUGCAUUUUCAAGUGAUGUUUACAGAUGUUGAGAUUGCUGCCCUCCAUUUCCAGUUAAUCUCUUCUGCUAUAAAUGUCUAAAAACAGUUUUCAUUCAGGUAGCCUACUGAAAGUUCCCUAUCUCUUUACAUAGUUUUUAAACUAGUCACAUUACAAAAUAGUAAAUUUCAUAUAUAAUAAGUGCUUCAUAUUUUUGUUAUGGGAAAGCAAUAUGUUAUGCAGCCAGUUUGUAGAAAUGUUUAAAUUCCACUUCAUUAUUCAAAUAAAUACAGUUUCAAAGAGGAAGAAUCAUUAAAAUUUUCAUCAAAUUAAGAGUUUUUAGAUUUUUAUGGGUUUUCUUUUAGAGGUGGUUGCUUACAACCUCUAACUUGUAAAUUUUAAAUAUGAAAAUUAAAGUAAUCUUAUUUGUGGUUAACUUAACAUAAAUUCGAUAUAAAAAGUUAUAGAGGUCCCUGGUGGCUCAGCAUGUUCAGAAUCUAGUGUUGUCCCUGCUGGGGCUCUGGUUACUGCUGUGGUAUGGGUUCUGUCCCUAGCUCAGGAACUUCUGUGGGCCUGGCCAAAACCAAAUUUUUUUCAUUAAAAAAUGCUUCAGUAGACCAUUUUCAGCAUUUUGGCAUCAUAUUCUAAGAGGAAAUAUUAAAAGUAUUCUUAAUAUAAUACAGAAAAUUAGAAGGACAAUUGUAAGUAUCAUGAUAUGUUAAGUAAAACACCAAAAACACAAAGUUGUAAAUUGAAACUUUCACAGUUUUACUUAUUUUUAUAAGGUGCUCUGCAGUUUGUGUCAACCAGAGGUGGCGGUGGCUCCCUCCUUCUGUUGACAUGGCACGGUUACAGGAUGUCUUCAUAUGCCACCAGCCAGGGUCCAAGUAGAGGGAUAUAAAACAGCCGGAGCAUUUCUGCUCUAUUUCACAACUUAAAAACUAAUGUGGGUUCUCGCUAUGAUACAGUAGGUUAAGGAUCUGGCAUCCUUGCCGUGGCGCAGGUUCAAUCCCUGGCGCGGUGUGGUGGGUUAAAGAAUCUGAUGUUGCCACAGCUGUGGCAUAGGUCACCGCUGCCUCUCAGAUUCAAUCCCUGGUCCGGGAAUUUCCAUAUGCCACAAGUACAGCCAAAAAAACCCACCACCAACAACAAAAACAAAAACGAAGGUGUGUGAGUUACUAAUGGAGAAGACUAUAAAAUUUUUGAAAAGAUGCAUGACUUUUAAAAAUGGUAACCAAUCUUUUCCUUUUAUUGAAAACAUUGAAGAAAAAUUUGCCAAAUGGAAAAUCAGCCCUUGCUCCUCACCAUCGUAAUACGGUGACUUGAGAACUUUAAUUUUGCAUUACUCCUCUGCGCCUCCCCCACACAGACACAUUUUUUUCUCUUUUGGCUACCCUGAGGCAUACGAAGUUCCCGGGGCGGGAAUCAGAUCCAAGCCAUAGUGAAUCCUUAACCCACUGUGCUGGGACGCGGAUCAAACCUUCAUCCCAGCACUUCAGAGUUGCCGCUGAUCCCAUAGCGCUACGGUGGAAACUCUACUUUUCCCUCUUCUUUUGUUCAAAUAAUUAUAGUCUUAAGACACCUAUACUUCUCUAUUGACUUUUUUAGUUUCAUAUUACUUGACUCUAUUUGUAUUUAGUUUUGAUAAUGAUUACUUUAAACAUAUUACUUCAAUUUAUUUAAAAUAUCUUCCCUAUUGCUGAAUACCAUUAUUUUCAAUUUUAUUAGGAUAAAUUCCUGGGAGUGGGGUUAUUAAAUGGAAUAAUAUGAACAAUUUUAUGGUCCUUAAUAAGUUUGCCUGUUGCAUUCUCAAAGAGUUGUAACGUUUUACGGUGUCAUCAUUUGCACAUAUCAGUUCAUUAAAAGUUUACAGCUUUGGGUGGGGAUUUUAUAUGUUGUUGCCAAUUUAGUAAGUUGUAAGUGUUCAAAAUUGCUCUGAUUUGCCUCUGUGACUUUUUGUAUACUUUGGUCCCUUAUAUAAAUAAAUGUCUUAAUGGUUUCUUUAUACGUUUGUAUGAGUUAUUUGUGUAGUAAAUAAUAGAAGUAUUUUCCUGGCCUGUUGUCUUUUUUAUUUUAGUGUCAUUUUUCAUUUUUCCUAACUAAAUUUGCUAACUAAUUUUACUAAUUCUUUCCCUUUUAUAGUUGCCAGAUUUAUGAGUAUGGAUAGUUAAAAUUUAUUGAAACUUUAAAAUAUUAUUAACUUUCAUAAGCAGCUAUAAGUGAUGAAAAUGCUGUGAAAAGUUCAAGACUCAUCCAUAAAACAAGUUCAUUUUCUCUUUCUAGUAUUUACAUACCAACUGUUUUGAUUUUUCAUUUUAAUCAAAAUAUUAAAGAUCUCUAUCUUACGUAUUUCUAGGCCUAAAGCUUCAUUAUUGUAAUAAGGUUUGUUUUACUUGUAGGAGAAAGAUAUGUUAGAAAUUCCUGAAAAUAUUUCAGUGUGGAACAUACAAAUGGUUUCAUUUUGACAUUUAGUUUUUUAUAUUUCUGGAAAAUAUUGUCUUAAAAGCUGUCAAAAGUAGUCAUAGAAUUUUUUUUUUUUCUUUUUAGGGCUACACCCAUGGCAUAUGGGGGUUCCCAUGCUAGGGAUUGAAUCGGAGCUGUAGCUGCCAGCCUACACCACAACAACUCGGGCUCUGAGCCACAUCUGCUACCCACACCACAGCUCAUGGCAACACCGGAUCCUUAACCCACUGGGUUUGAACUUGCGUCCUCAUGGAUACCAGUCAGAUUCAUUUCCACUGAUCCACGAAGGAAACUCCAGUCAUAGGAUUUUUUUUUAUAUAGUUUUAAGAUACAUGAGCAUUAAAAUAAUACAGAUUUUCUCUCUGAUAAUUCAAAAUGAUAAAAUUUGAAUAAGGGCUAAACUCACAUUUUCCUAUACCGACUAGAUGUUUUCUUCUUAAAUACGUCAAUUAACACAAGCUACUGAUCUAUCAUCAGAAAUAAUUCUUUGUACUGUAUAAGAAAAGAGUUCUUUAUAUCAGUUUUUGAGUAUGUUUUAUGCCUCUGACCAGUUUGAAAUUUGUAUCAGACUUCGAUAGGCAUUUAGAAGUUUAGUUAGUUGUUUCAAAGGAAGAAAGUAAUUUGCCUUAUAUCAUGAUGUUGAUAAUAGAAAAAAUGUAAUUCAAUAAGCACUCUAAAAUGUUGAAACAUUUAAAUAGUGGAAUAUAAUAAAUAUAAACCUUAUGGACGGAAAUG